UAGUCAUUCUUGUAGCCAGGGCUCAUUGUCAAAACACUAAUAGACGGGGCAGGUUUCAGAGAGGAUUUAUGUCUGACACACCAGUAACCCAAGUCAGACCGUGCAAUUGCUUCACUGCUGUAUGAUGGUGCGUUUAAAAAAUCUCGUUGACAAAACAGUUGAGAAAGUUGACAUUAGACGUAAGUACUCAGCGAGACAAUUGGAUAUGCAGACAGCAUAUAUAGAAAAGCUCGUUUCGGACAUCAGAAGGAAAGUAGGUCUACGGGAACCCGCAUUGGCAACUAAUGAACAGAUCAACCGCGGAAGCUACUAUGACGGUACUAAGAUUCUUGACCCAGAUGAGUACGAUUAUGAGCCGAUUCUGGAUUUGUCUAAACAUAUUACUAACGUAACUGAACCGAUGCCUGGUUUGAAGGAACAGGGGUACAAAACCAUUCUAUUUCGAGAAAAGGAAUUGCAUAAACAUAUACACGAACAAUAUUUGGUACGUACAUUUCCAAACGGAAAAGAUGCUGAAUUGAAAUGUCGAGAACUGCUUGCUAAGAUACGUCAGAACGUCAACAGGGUGCUAGAGGAUAUGCAUAAGGAAGGAACUGUGAUGUUUAUUGGUGAAUGCGACCACACUAAGGAUCCUAAGGAUUACGACAAAAACACAAGAGAAAUAAGCACUCAUAAUGCACCGCAUGGCCCAAGUGUGUGGCUUAGGGUUGGUGCACCUCUGGGAACCACAGACAUUGAUAUGUGUUUCUGCCUUAAAUGGAAGCCACAUGAGCUGGGACCAAGUGUUAUGGUCCCUACGAAUAAAGGAUGGCUGGAAUCAGUAGUAAGUCUGCCAGACAAUAGCAUAUAUAAACUGACACCAGUCCACAAAAAUUUACUUCUAACAGUCAAGUAUGUAACACACUUAACUAGUGCAUUAAUGUCCUCGAAGUUCUCUUACAGUGUUUCAUCGUAUAUCUUAAAAGCCGUUAUCCUCCACCACCAGACAGAGUGCCGUUCGGACAAUAUCGACAAAUGCUUUAUUGCUAUCAUCUAUGACAUGAUGUUGAAACCAAAUGAAGAAUUUGACGAGCAUGAAAAUGUUGUGUUUUUAACCAAUCGACAUAUCGAAAUUCCUGAUAUUGUUUACAGAGAAAAAGCUUUGCAAAUAAGUGGUGAAAAGCGAGUAUCGUUACUGAUCUCAAUGUUGUGGGUUGUUCAGCACGUUAAGCUGAAUAGCAAUACGGACUGGUUUGAUGCAUUUCUUCGCAAUGACAAAGGUGAAAUCAAAAAGAACUCAACGUUAAGGUCUCUAAAUGAAAGUUUGAAGAAAUUCUUUAAAAUAACUGACACGGGCAAGGUUGACUUUGAGUGGCAACAUGACAAAAUGAAGACAAGCGUUAGAGUAACUGGUGUGAAUUCCAAAGAGGAUAGGCUAAAGUCGGGACGCAAAGGAGUAAAAAAUCAAAGGUCUGAGACGCACACUUCCGACCAACCGGCUUACGGGUUAGUACCAAAGACUGAGAAUUCAAGGAAGAAGAAAAAUGAUGAAAAUAAAUAUGGCUCAAAACCAUCUGCACAAGACCAAGCGCAGCUCCCCGAACCAGCAGCGUUACAAGUACCUGUAGCCAGCUCUCAACGCAAAGGCCAAACACCCACCAAGACCUGUAGUAAACGAAGUCCACCAGAAAAAACUAAGAAGCAAGCAAAAUGUGAACAAACAAACGAUAAUAAAGAGAAGGUUGUCAAACAUUUGGCAACACCCACCGUAGAAAAGAAAUAUGAAUGCGCCAAAUGCAUGACCGCAUUCAAAGCAAAGUCAACGUUACGUAAUCACGAAGAGAUCUGUCAACGGACCGAUAAACCAUUCCAUUGUAAGGUUUGUAGGAAGUCCUUUAAAGCAGAACGUUACUUAAAAGAGCAUAUUAAAGGCCAUGAGAAUCCCGAACAAUACGAAUGCGACAUAUGUGGGGAUAAGUUUCCCUAUCGUGGAACUCUACAGGGUCAUAAACGAAGCAAACACAAAUAACUAGCGACGUUUGUUAAUCUGAUGCACUCUUCAAGAUCGUGCCUUGCUGAGGAAAAGUACUAAUAUACCUUUCGACGAGGGGUGAUCUAAAAGUUUCAUGUACAAUGUUACUUACAUGUGAAAGUUGUAUUGGCACUUGACACGUGUUUAGCAAGCUUCUUCAUUAUGCCUCGGUUAUAUUUGCUUAAGGCUACAUGUACCUAACGGAAAACAUAGUUUCGAUCGAACAAAAUCUACGGUCUUCUUACGGUCACCGUAAAA